GAUGGUUGCCGGAGAGGUCUGGCCUCCUCCACAAAGAGCUGAACACAAGGUCAGCCUCUCUCUCCUGUGGUUUCCUCUGCAGCAGUGAGCCUGACUUCCUGUGAAAGAUUACCAUCUCGCCUCUCAUAUUCUCACUGAUGCUUAUCUUUUGAGCCUGCAAGCAUCAACUCCCCAAACAUCUCGACACCUUUCGCCCCCCGGUGUCGGCCUGUCAGUCUGGCAGCUCAUCCUGUGUCCUCAACCUCCGACGCCCCCUCGUCCUCCAGCCAACAACCCAAAAGUGAGUCGGCCUCCCAUCAUCCGUCCUGGACCUGUCACAGAGAAACAAGAUCCUGCCCGCAGGGUUCAGAAUCAAGGAGCGGAAUAUGGAUGAAGUGUGAGCAAGGCAGUUGACCACACAGGAAGGCGUCAUGCCGUUGUCACGGAGAGGAAAUGCUGCUGUCAGAGUCAGUAGUUCGAGAGCGCAUCUCCACACUCCAUCGGACACUGCUGCAGAUUUCUACACAAACAGCCUCGAUUUGAGGAUGAAGACUGGGUUAAGUAUGUUCUCAUGGGAAAAGGCAUGAGAGCAUAGAGAUAAUGCAUCACAGCCACAAGCAAAAAAGGCACCGCGGCCCAACACGUGGUCAGGUAAACCUCGCCGAGGAACAAGACUACAUGCAGGUGGACGACCCAGAAGACCUGCGCAAUGUGAGCAUCCUUCCCGCCAUGCCUAUUAACCACGAGAGCGACUACGCAGACAGGGAUUCUCCCCGAAGUGGAUCGUCUCCGAGCCGGCCGUCUCAGGGAAACGUUCAUACGUCCCCAAUAACUCCCCCCAGAGGAGUCCAGAGGACUUCAGUUGGGUGCACAGGACCAUAUGUGAACAGAAACCUAAAACCAGGCAGAAGAAGAACCUCGUUUGACCUUCAGCUCCAACCGAAGAUCCUCCAUCAGCAGCAGCCGCGAAGGUACUGUCCGUCACCUCCACCUCCGGAGAACCAUUCCGCACGACUGAACGAGCUAUGCAGGCGAGACGCUCAAAAAGGUGUCGGCAAUUCUGACAGGGGCGAACUGAACCAGCCCUCAAAAGUAAAAAAUAUUUCAAACCGCUGCACAGAUGGGAAACACUCAACAAAUCUCGAGGCCCUCCAUCAGCCUGAAAGCUCCUUUAACAAUCCUUCUCUUCCGACAGUGGCGUUGGUGAGUGACGAAACAGGUCUUUGUUCAACUGGUUCUUCAUUCUUCAUCACAAGCCAAUGUUUCCCACAAGUGCCAUCAAACAGCUGGAAUAACCAGAGCCAUCCGGCCAGCGACGAGCCCAUGAAGGAGCCUCAGCAGAGCUACAGCACGGUAGAAUGCUACGUUGGAGUUUGUGGUCGAAUGGAAGCAGAGCACGCGCUACACCUGGUCAACAAGGACGGAGCGUUUCUGAUCCGAGAUUGUUCGGCGAACACAGACAGCGAGCCUCUGGUGUUGGCAGUGUACCACGAUAAAAGGGUUUACAACGUGAAAAUUCGCUUCAUCGAGAGCACGAAGAAAUACGCGCUAGGCACCGGACAGCGAUCGAAUGAUAUGUUUGACAGCGUUGAAGACAUCAUCAGGUUUUACUCAUCGUUCCCAAUAAUGCUGGUCAGCGCCAGACACCCACCUGGGAGCAGCUUUUCAGAGCAGUGCGUGCUGAGGAUCCCAGUAACAAGGCAGCACGUGAAGAGGUUGCUUGCCUAAAGUGUUUCCCAGCAGUGUCAAAUGUGCCGAGUACUACCAAGCAAUUCUGCUGUGUCCUUUUUGUGGAAUGUGAAAUAAGCUAAUUCUCAGGGCCAUAAAAAAUUCCUAUUGUGCGCUUUGCUUCACCUCUGGUUUCAUAGUUGGCUGGCUUCUGAAGAAUGUUUUCACCUGCUGAAAAGGGGACCCAGAUUUAUACGGAAGCUCUGAACUGACAUGGAAAGUUUUUUUUUUUGCACAAGAAAAAAAUGUUUGGAUAAGAUAACGUUCUCACUUGAAUGUUAAUAUAACAUUUGGGCUCUGAAAAUAAGGACACUGUUACCCAAAGCCUAGUCAAAGGCUCCACCAGGUCCUGGGGCCCAGAACCAACCAUAACAACCAUAAUAACCAUAAACACAAGUUGUCCAUGAUUCACCGUGGCAACACAUGAAACUUCAGUAAUAAAUCAAAAUAAAGUGAGGACUACACACCAGACACGCAAGGAAACCUAUUCGAAUGAGAGUUAAAACUAGUUCAUUAAUAAUUAUAGAAUAUGCCUGGAGCUUAAUUUAUGAGUAUUAUUACCAUCAUAUAUUCAUAUAUUUUGUGCUUAAAUCUCUUAAGACAAGUUCUGCAAAACUCUUGUCUUCAUUGAAAAAACUGAAUUCAGACUCUGAGAAUUCUGCAUCUCAACACAAAUCAACUGCCCUAUCUGUUAAAAAGGAAAACAAGUUGUAGAGUAGGCAUAUUAAUAAUUUUUAUUUUUAAAAAAACAGACACAGUUGCUUCAUUAAAAAAAAUAAAAUAAAAGGAAUACAACACAAGAACUACGAACACAAUGAAGAUGUGUGUAGACGCCCCAUAUAUAUACAGGAAGAGUCUGAGAUUUACAAUUAAUCUGUGUGUGCGAUACCCCCAGAAUAUACAGUAUAUACAACAUGAUCAACCAGUGAGUGUCAUUAUACACAGUAGGUAGCAGAAGAACACAUCCUCACUCCCACAGCGUGAUAUAUUGACGUUGGGAGAGUUGCCUUUUGCGUCAUAUACUGACAAAAAAGGCAGCCUUCCCCAUCAGAGCAUCAUGUGCUGCUCCUCGCCCCUGGAGUUAUAUAGAAGUAAAACUAUUUUUUUUUCUCUCCCUCCAUGCAGCACAAGAUGCACACUGCCCCACCUGGAAUGCAACGGAAACUGUUCUUUCAAUUGAAACACCUGUGUGUUUCAAUGUGCAACAAUUCAUUCUGAAGGCUGCCUUUUUCAUCAGUCCAAUACGCGAAACUCCACUUUACCAACGGGGGUGAGGAUGGGUUGUAGCAGAGACGAAACUUUUGAAAUGGGAGCGCUAACAUUUCUCUGUGAAAUAGUUGCCUACAGUGUUAGUCGUGACUGAGACGUAACAUAUAAUAAAAGCAUUAGACUCCAUUUUGGUUCCAAACAUGAGCCUAUCCAAAAUGCCUCAUAAAAAGACAUCCGGUGGAACUAGACCAGCUGAUGUCAAGUGGAGCUUCAGAAUUGAAAAAAAAAAAAGUCAAAUACUUUUAAUGAGGUAAUAGUUGGAAAUAAACAAUAGUGGCAAUGCUUUGUAACGUCACGGACAUGUCGGACAGAUUCCAGUCUCCCCCUUUGACUACACGCUACUUGAUAUAGUUGGAUAAUUGAAACAGAAACAUUAAUACCGGCGUUGCUACAAACAGUUGGAAACCACAGUAUUCAGCCAUGUUUGUAGUCCUCACUACCCAAUACACCAGCUCAUUUAAUUGAGGCAGCCAUGUGAGCAAACUCAUCUUUCCAUUGCUUUAAAAAUACAUUUUCAAUGUUAUGUUUAUGUAAUACUCUGCUGGUACACAAGAUUUGUUUGCAACAGAAAAAAAGUGCCACAAGACUGUGGCGUAGGUAAGGCUUGCUUUGUUCUACAGUUCUUAAAAUGAUCAUGAAUUCUAAUAAAACUAAAUAUGACAAUGAAAAGAUAACUUUACGUUUUAGCUUCAAAAAACCAUAAUUGUUUUAAGUGCUACAUUAAACUUUGACAAACUCUACGACUUUGUUAUCGAUGGGAACAUUUCAUUACGAAUUACGAGAAACAGUUGGUAACACGUUCACUGCAUAUGAAUUCAACAACCGAUCUUCUGACACCGGACAAAACAACCAAUUCAAAGCGUCAUACAAAUACAUUCGUUUGUCAAAUAUAGAAUUAAAACAUGGACAGAUAAAAUCCCUUCAUGAGGCAUUCAAGUAGAGCUGGGCCGUAGCAAGUCAUUAUUUAGAGUAUUUUGAACACUGGAUCUAUUACACGCACACAACUGAAGCACUAAAAUGCGUACGAGGACAACAGUAGUGUGUAAAUUGACUAAUGUGUGAUAUUUCAUGAGGCUGAAACCAAGUGAAAUUCACAUUGUUGUCAAUACAAAACAGAAUUAAAUUGGCGCUCAAAAUUUAAAAAAAAUUUAAAAGACUUUUUGGGGGAGUGAGAGGGCGUAAAAAGCAUGUCGUAGGUAACAACAAUGGAUCUCCUUAAGUCACAUUCUGAUUUAGAUCAAAAACAUUGUGUUGUAACAGUUCUGGCAUUUGAGCCCAAACUUACAUAUUUCAAAUCACUCCACAGAAAACUAUAAAUCUGAUUUAUGGGUUUAACUUCUAUCAGUUUCAGUAAUAGCCAAAAAAUACAUGUGAUUGAUUAGUUUAACCUUUCAAAGUACACACCAGCAUUGUAGGCAGCAAAAACAAGGAAGAGUGAGACGAUGAGCCGCUAAAAAGGUAAGGUUGUUAAAACCAAAAUCCUUUAUACCCUCAAAAGUGUUUCCAAACUAAAACAACUUUAAAACGCUUUAGCUUUUUUCAAAUGUAACCUGUGCAAAAAUGCUGGCAACUAAAACUCAGGCUAUGGAAAAGUAACGGUAACUGUGUCUUUACUUUUCAAGUCCUAAAAUUGCUUCUCCUUUCCAGUAAGUAAAGACAACCUCAAGAAAAUAAGACACUGGAGUGUUUACAUCAAAUAUAUGGCACGUGCAUGCAGAUGUAAGCGUCAGCGUGGACUAACAUGACUUCUGAAAUGCCAAAAUUAUUGUACAAUGAACGCAUCAGAACUGUAGGAGGAAACAGCAUUUUCAAAAACAGAGUAAACAUUUAGCAACAUCAUAAAAUCUGCUUCCUUAUAAAAGUCUAUACAUUGUCUGAGGUCAACUAUUACUUUACAAAUCUGUGACUUUUACACAAAUUCAAGGGCAGACGCGAACGGUGCACCCCAUCACCUCAUAUUUUUGUCCCAUCACUUUGCUGAGCUUCAUUUUCAGUAUUUGGCACCUUGGUAUCUGUUCUUCAGUGUCCAACAGAGGGGCGGCUUGUACUUGAAUAGGAGCCCGUGGUUUUGGGUGAUUGAGAACCACCACCGGCUGG